AAUUGUUUUAACAAAUUAAACCCAAUUUUUGAUGCUAUAAUUAAACACUUGAAGCGGCGAAAGAAAGCUAUAAUUAAACAUAACAGUUUUAUAUUACUUUGCAUUCGAAAUGAAGCAGUACAAAGAAUGUCCCACCGCCGAUCAAUCAGAAAAACUGCAGGAAAACUGCAAGUUCAAAACCAGAGUAAUGUGUAAAUGGCUGAAGAAAAACUCGUUGUUUUUCCUCACAACUUUCAGCGUGAUAUUCGGCGUUGCUAUUGGAAUUCCAUUAAGAAAGCUCAAUUUAUCGGAAACGACGAUCAUUUUAAUUUCGUAUCCCGGCGAACUGUACAUGAGAGCUUUGAAACUUUUGAUCCUUCCAUUGGUGAUAUCCAGCUUAAUAAGCGGCACUGCGAGCCUGAAUGCUAAACUCAACGGAAAAAUAGCUCUUCGGACUUUCACUUGCUUCUUCCUAACUUCAUGUUUCAACUCGCUACUGGGCGUUUUACUGGCGGUUUUGAUCCGCCCUGGCCACAUAAACGUGGGUAUCUCGGUAGGAGAUGCUGUGGGAAAUAAUGAAAAAGCAUCAGUGAUGGAUAGUUUGCUGGAUUUGGGCAGAAACGUAAUAUCGGACAAUAUAUUUCAAGCUACCUUCCAGCAGGCUCACACUGAUAUAGUAGAGAAAAUUAACUAUACCAUUGGUGCAGCUAAUAAAACAGAAAGGAACCUAAAUUAUAAAUUAGGUGUGAAUAACAUCGGUAUCGUAUUCUUCUGCAUUACCUUCGGCGGUAUAUUAGGAACAAUCGGCUCCAAAGGAAAUGGGGUGAAGGAGUUUUUUUCGACCAUCUUCGACGUGGUCAUGAAGAUGGUCAGAGGCGUUAUUUGGAUGACUCCCGUCGGUUUGUUUAGUAUUAUAGCAGGAAAAUUGCUGUCAGUCGCCGACGUCCUGCUGGUGAUAACACAGUUGGGAUGGUUCGUAGCGACCAUCAUCGUCGGCGUUUACCUCUACCAGCUGGUGAUCCUGCAACUCAUUUAUUUAAUUAUCCUGCGAAAGAAUCCUUUCAAGUAUUACUUCUCGUUUAUGCCGAGUACAAUUACGGCGUUCGCGGCGGCUUCGGCGGCCGCUGCUUUGCCUCUAAAUUUCGAUAUAUUGGAUUAUAAAUUGAAGCUAAACCCUGCCAUAACGAGGUUCGUCAUGCCGAUAGGAUGUAACAUCAACAUGGACGGUACUGCUAUGUUCCUAUCCGUGUCCACUAUAUUUAUGGGACAAAUGAGCGGGUUUCCGCUUAAUAUUGGAACUUUAGUGACCAUUUGGUUGACUUGCACGAUAAUAUCAUUUUCUUCCGCAAGUAUACCAAGUGCCGCUUUGGUAUUGGUACAAAUGAUUUUGAAUUCUAUUGGGAUUUCCCAGCUAAAUUUACCUUUAUUGUUCGCAGUCGAUUGGCUGGUAGAUAGGUUCCGUACAACAAAUAAUAUGCUAGGCGAUUGUUAUACUGUAGCAAUAGUAAAUCAAUUAUCGAGGAAUGAAUUGAAGGACGAAGAAAAUCUACAGGAACUCCCAUACAAAACAGAAGAAAAUGAUAUGAAAAGCUCCGAAAACGAAAUGUAUUCUCCAGUUUAACAGUUAUAGUGUACUCUCCAUAGUACACUACUUAGUAUAGUAGUACUAUCCAGCUUCAUUCCACAAAAAAUAGGUUUAAAAAAAUAUUUCGAAUAAAUUGUCAAUAAUAACUUCGAAUUUAUCAAAAAAUAAAACUUCGACCUCUCUUUCAAC